CACUGUCCACAUCUCCCUACCAAGAUUUACGAUAAAACAGAGAAACCAUGUCUUCUCUCCGAAUACACCGAGAACUACCCUCUCUACCACUCUUACCUGCCCAGAGAGUCCUUCAAGCCCAGGUUGGAGUACCAGAAAGGGUCCAUUCCAAUGGAAGGCCUGACCACAUCAAGGAGAGAUUUUGGGCCUCACAAAGUGUUACCAGUGAAGGUCCACCAUCCUGACCAGUUCGUCCCAAGUGAGGAGAAUAUGGAUCUGCUCACAACGUAUAAACAAGAUUACAACCCAUACCCUGUCUGUCGAGUGGACCCCAUCAAACCUCGGGACAGUAAAUAUCCAUGUGGCGACAAGAUGGAGUGUCUGCCUACUUAUAAAGCUGAUUAUUUACCCUGGAACCAACCAAGACGAGAGCUACUUCGUCCAGACAACAGCUACCGGCCAGCGUCAACUAAGUUUGAUAGUAGAACAACACAUCAGGAUGACUACUCUAUAAAGGGCCUAGUGAACACCACAAGCUGUAAGCCUCCGGUUGUGCCUAAGCUCUGUAACAUCCCCCUGGAGGAUCUGACUAACUACAAAAUGAGCUAUGUGGCCCACCCUGUGGAGAAGCGCUUUGUGUAUGAGGCGGAGAAGUUCAGACCCUGUGAAAUCCCCUUUGAAAGCCUCACCACCCACAAAGAGGCCUACCGGGGCCUUAUAGGGGAGCCAGCCAAGAGCUUGAAACCUCCAGCCAGGCCCUGUGCUCUAGACACGCCUUUCUCUAACACCACGGAGUUUCGAGAUAAGUACCAAGCUUGGCCAACACCCCAGGUGUUCUCCAAAGCUCCUAUCACCUAUGUCCCUCCCGAAGAAAAGAUGGACCUUCUGACAACAGUGCAGUCCCAUUACACAUACGCUAAGGGUGCCCCAGCCCAGUCCUGCCGACCAGUGCUCUCGGUCAAGAAGGGUGGCCGCUUCGAAAGCUCCACCACCACCAAGGAUGACUACAAGCAGUGGGCCAGCAAGCGCACAGAGCCAGUCAAGCCCAUUCCGCAGCUGAACUUUCCUACAGAACCCUUGGACUGCCUGACCACCACACGGGCCCAUUAUGUGCCCCACCCACCCAUCAAUACCAAAAGCUGUAAGCCCCCCUGGUCUGGCCCUCGAGCAAAUAUCCCCGUGGAGGGCCAGACCACGUACACAGUCAGCUUUACUCCUAAGGAAAUGGGCAGGUGCCUGGCUUCAUACCCUGAGCCCCCUGGCUACACGUUUGAGGAAAUGGAUGCUUUGGGGCACAGGAUAUACAGGCCAGUUUCCCAGACAGGCUCUCGGCACAGCAGCAGUCUUUCUGUAGGUGAUUCGGAAAACCCCAACCAGCAGGAGUUGGCAGUGUCAGCCUGA